AUGGCAAUUGGAGGCGUUGAUCAGCGCUCGGUUAUUGGCCCGUGGGAGAAUCCCGGGGAAAGCGGGGAAGUUGCGUCCGGGAGAUCGGUUCUCCGACAUUCGUGUUUCAUCUUUCCAAUCUCCCCUCUUCUUAACCUCAUUCUCGUGCGCUCCAUUGACCCCGGUCGCCUUGCCGUCUCCUUCGGGCGCAACAGGCGCAUCGGUCGUCGCCCUGCCGCCAAAGCCUUCCCGCAUGGCGAGAUGCAGAUAUGGAGCGUCGAGCCCCAUCAACGCCAGUCCGAUACCUGUGACGUCAAGGCAUCACCGAGUGUCCCUCGAUCAAGAUCAAUCUCGAGUGUCCCUUCCGAUACGACGGAAGAAUUGGGAACUCUUCAAAAAAUCGACUCUCCCGACAGCGAUGACUCCAUGCUUUUAGGGCCGGAGAAGCUGCUCGCCUACCCCACCGAACUUCAAACCACACAAGAUGCCAUACGCACAGUGCUGGACGUCGAUCAAUUUACUGCGAUUCAUAUGCCAUUCAUGUGGGGAACGAGUUUCGUCCCCGAGUCCCAAAAGACUGUUUAUGCGAUCUUACAGCUUUCUGCGCCGACGUUGACCGAAGGUUAUUUGGCAUUCAUCGGACUGAUGACGAGCUAUCAAAGAUCACUCAUUAUGCGACGAGAUGCUCCCGACAUGAAGAAAGCGGCCCUAGGCUUGCAGCGAUUACGAAGCGUCAAAAUAACGCAAAUUUAUGAUGCGGCUUGCGCCCUCUUUCUGGGACAAACCAUGUACGUAUUCAACGUGCUCACCGCACACGACUCCUCCACCGCCCACUCCAUCAUCCGAAGUUCUCUGAUGUCAACCAAAUCAUGGUUUUCGACCCUCCUCCAAUACCCAGUCAUGGACACAAUCAUCAUGACUCCUAUCUUAAUCGACACGGUGGAAUGCUUGGCGCGUCGCGAGAUUCCUAUAAUAAAACUGCCCGUCACAGAAAGAAUCAUCAUAGAUCGCUAUGCGGGCCUCUGUACCUCCCUUCUACCCAUUCUCUAUGAUCUCUGUGUAUGCAGUCACGACAUGAAGAGGGAUGUCACAGACCUCGGGUCGGAUUUCUGCCCGGGACACUCUCAGCGGCUAGCUGAGAUUGAAGAACAAAUUCUGCAUUGGAAACCUCGAACGUCCCCUCAAAUGUUCGAAGAUUUUGCUCAACAUGAGAUCUUGGCGAUGGUGACACAAGCAAAUGUUUAUCGCCUUGCGGCUCUGUUGGUCAUUCACCGCCUGCGGUAUCCCCUGGGCGUUCAAGAUGGCGCAGGCCGAGACCUUGCCAACAGUAUAUUCGCCGAAAUGUCGUUUUUCACCAAAUCAGAAACCCAGAAGACCACCGCUUUGCCUAUUGUGUUUCCUUUGACGGUGUCCAUGUUUGAGAUCCAGGGCCCCGGAGAGGCUUUAUUGGAACGAUUGUCAUCAUUUACUGUUCAAAGUACAAGUGCAUUGAGACUUCAGGAAUUUGUCAAGCGAGUGCGAGCAUCCCGAGAGACAGGUUUCGGGGGGAUUAUGGUUUGA